CCCUUAUUUAUUUACUUCCGUCAACAAAGAUGGCGUACUGGUUUCAUAGAAAUCCCCUUAAAGCAACAGCUCCUGUUAAUUAUGAAUUACACGGAGUUUCAACGAAUGACGCUACUAGAAAAAUAUUCAGGUACCACCAUUAUAUAUAAUUUUGUGUCUUUUUUAAAUUGGAGGAGUUAACAGAAAAUGUGGCACUUAAUUGAUUCUUAAACAACGAACUUAACGACUUAACGGAACUACCAAAAUUAUAAUUAAUAUUGAUAAUAAUAAAUAACAUGUCCUGGUCUUAGCCUAACAAGGUCAACAGUCUGUGUAGGCCCUACACCAAAAAUGACUACUUUUACUAACAAAAGAGACACAACUGUAACUCACCUCUUCUUCUAUAGCUGAAGGGCCCACAAUCAAUUUAUUGAUCAUUUUGGUCAUCUUUUACUCAUUCACUGAGUCCUGUAAUUGUAUGUUCAGGCUGAGUAAGUCUUAGUCCAUGAUCUUUAAUCUUUACUAAAAAACAGUGUGAUGUCUAAUACUAAUAGUAUUAGUAGUAUUAGACAUCACACUGACAUAGUUAAUACUACUUUAUUAAAAUCAGACUACUCUUUAAAAAGUCUAUAGCCUAUGGCCUAUAGCAGUGUUUCCCAUCCUUUUUCAGUAAAUUUUGACUACGAUUGCCACUAUUUUCUCAAUGGCCGCCAUCUUGGUUAACACGUCACAUGAAGUCACGUGACGUGCCAACCAAGAAGGCGGCCAUAAAAAGUAGUGCAAAACACGUGUUGUUAAAAAUAAAAAUUUUGUAAAAAUUUUUUGUAAAAAUGAAAGGAAAUAAAUAAAAUUAAUAGCAUUUUUUUGAAAAUCUAUCCCCUAUGCCUAACCUGAACCCUAAAUCGAUCCCUAUGCCUAACCUGAACCCUAAAUCCAUCACUAUGCCUAACCUGAACCCUAAAACUAGCCCUAAAGACAUAAGUAAAAACACGUGGAAUUAACUUCCUGUGGCAAGAAAAAUAUGACUUUUGAAAAAGGAAGAAAAAAAAACAAGAAAAUAUGGCCAAAACAUAAUUAUGAAAUAAAUAAGUAAUGAAAACCCAACUUACAGUUUCAUGAAAUACACUUUUACACACUUUAUUUCAGGUUCCAUGGAAAAAAAUAUCCAAAAAUUAAGAGAGCACAAGACCCGGCAUGUGGCAAAGAUGGUGGCACUAAUAAAAUAUGAUAAUUAGCCAACCAUUGAUAAUUUAAAUUGAUAAUUAAUCAACCAAUUAAAAUUUUAAUACAAAACAUGUCAUCAGCGUAAGAAUACUAAUACAUAACAAAAAAUUUCUUUAAAAAUAAACAAAGGGAAGUCACUCCCUGGAAAAUAAGUCGUGGCAAUCGUAACUAGUAUUAGCCCCUUUUUCACUACUCUGCAUUCUAUGAAUUAUUUGACUACACGGUACUAGUCGUUCAACCCCCCCCCCUACACACAAAUUAUUUCUUACUUAAGACACUUAAGUCUUAUACCCCUACAAAGUACAAAAGUUAUAGUGAAUUUGACAAUUGGAAAUUAUUGAAUUUCUAAUCUUUUUAUUGAAUUCAAAGGGAACUGUAUAUCUUAGAAAAGUAACUUGUGUACUCCAAUAAUUUAUUGAUGUGGCUAGAAUAUUAUUUUUUUCUAUUUUAUAUUUUGGUCAAUUUUAGUGAUCUAAGGAUGUCAAGAACAAAACUGCUAGAGUUAUUAACAGAUCCUGGUCAAGCCCGUGAUGUGGUGGACAAAGCUCACGCAGAGUAUUUAGGUCUUCUACAGGGAAUGUGUACCCCAAUAGAUCCAAGUGAACCAGAAAACAAGCUGCGUAAGCUUAUAAAAUAUAAGUGGUCAAAUACUUUGCUUGGAAAUAUACCUGUGUAAGUUUUAUGGAGUUUAUGUUUGUAUCCUCUAAACUUUUGAUGUAUGGAUAUAAAAAAAAAUUUAGCAUUAUUUAAGUUAAAAACUAAAUUUUUUAAUUAUUACUAAACAAGUCUUUAGAAAUUUAACCUUCUUUUGUAUUUUGUUUUCUUAAUAAAUUGUUUGUUUUUCUUAAAAAAUACAGACUAAAGUAUUUUAGUUUUAUGACAUUAAACGAUAAUUGUUUCCUCAGAGAAUACACAGAUACUGCCUUUGAAUACUUCUCAAUGUUAUUCAAUGUGGCUUUGUGGUUUACAAAGCAUGCUGCAAAAAUUGCUGCUAAAGAAGAGUAAGUACUGUGCUAUUUUUUCAAUUAAAGUGUUUGAAAGAGAAAUAGCAAAUUUUUUUGUUUAAUCUAUCGAUUUGAGUUAUCUCUCCAUUCUUUAUUUUAGUAACAUAUUCACUCCCCUGCUUAUGAAUCACUUGUAAUUUGUUCUCAUUUUAAAUCCAAGCCCAGACAUGGAAGAAGCAAAAGAAAUACACAAAUGCUUGAGAACAGCAGCCGGCAUAUUUAAAUUUUGCAAGGUAAAAUGUUUUGUUGGUAAUGAGCUUUUGGAAAGGUAAAUUUGGUUUAUAACUUUAUUCUGUGAUGAUGUACUUUGCAUGUUUUAUUCUGAGCUAAAUUUUUAAACAGAUUAAAAUGUCAGAUUUACAUUUAGGAGAAAACUUAACAGGCUCAGAACCUUUAAAUAAACUUGAAGUUCACAAAUCAAAUAUUUUUUGAGGCAAUAGGUAUGUUGUAUGUUUUUUUUUUUAUAGUUUAGAAUUCUACAAAUAGGUGUUAAUUUCAAGAUGGCAGUCAAUAACAUACAUAAAUAUUUUGUUUUUGUUAUAAAUAUGACCAUAAUUAAACAAUUGUUCUGAGUUCAUUAGUUGUUUUUUAAAUUUUAUUUGAUAAUGGUGAUAAGGGGGAGAGACUGCACUGCAAACUGGUUAGGUAAAAGGAAAUGAGCGAAACAAAGUAGGGGAAAACCUGAAAAAAAUGAUUCAACAAAAUGAUGAACAUGUCGGCAUGAAGACUUCUUCUGUGAACAAACAAAAGUAAAAGCACUAUAAAAAUUUUUAAAAUAAACUCUCAGAUACAAUGUUGUAUUUGAUACUACAUUGCAGCCAAGUGUUUAUUUUUAUAUUUAUUUUUUUAUUGUAUUAUUAUAUUUUUUUUCAGGAUGAUUUGAGAUCAAAACUAUUUGAUGCCCCCUCUGAAGGUGCACAUGAUACAGACACCCGUGUGCUUGAUGCUUAUAUUCACCAGUGCACUGCAGAGGCUCAAGAAAGUAAAGUCUUUACGAAUCGCUCUGAUAAUUUGUUAUUAUGUUCAAACUAUAGCAUGCUAUCAAAUAAAAUUUACAAUAAGAAAAAAUAUUUCGGUUUUAAUAUGAACAGUUCAGAAAACUCUUAUAAUCAAAAUUAACCUUCUUGUCAUGGCUGGGCUAAUCUAUCGGUCCAGGGUCAAAUGAGUAAAAGACGAAUGGCUGAUUCAUACCAGCUAAUCAGAUAGCUUCUCAUAAUAUCUCACUCAUCUCAUCCAUUAAUAAUUUACUGUGUUUUUAUGUUACCUAGUGACCCAUAAAAAUGCUUAAAAUAUGAACUUGAAAUAUGUCAAAAUGCCUAAGCAGCCCCAGAGGGAUAUUUUAUGUUGUAUUUCACACUGCAUCUCAUUCAAAUAUGGGUUAGGACUUAUUUAGGCUUCAACAAACAUAAAAGUUCUGCAAGUAAGAUGUGUUUUUCAUUGCAUGCAUAAAUUAUGGAAAUCGGGAUAUCUCAUUUGCAUAAAUUUUGAAAUUUCAGUUUGAUUCAUAAAGAUCAUAUUAGUUUGUUCAAUUCCUUACAAAAAUAUAUAUAGUUUUAUUUUUGUAAAGUAAUUAGUUUAUUUCUUUAUAAUUUUUUUUUCUUUUGCAAUAUGAGGGCGCAGCUUGUAAAAAGGGUUCCGUCUUCUUGGCACUGACCCUCCAAAAAGGCUCCAUGUUUACAGGGUUAAUUCAGUUUCAUUUUAUUGUUGAAAAUAUUAUAAUUAAACAGCUAAAAAAUUAUGAAAUAUUUUUGAUGUUACUUAAAUUUCAGUUACACUAGCAAGAGCAAUAGAAAUGAAACAUAACGUCAACCUGAUAUCAGCCCUUGCAUAUGAAACAGCAGAAAUGUAUCAAAAAGGAGGUAAAAGUCCAUGAUACUGAUAUUGAGGUUAAAUUAAUAAUCGCACAGAAAAUAUUUAUUUUUAUUCAUGUUCUGCCUAUUUUGGUUAAAUUAAAAUUAUAUAAUUCUGAUUAGCACAUGAUGUAUCAGUUACAAUCAAUUUUGAAAUCAAAGAAUGCAAGUGUCUUUCAUUAUGAAUAAAUAUUAAAAUUAUAAAUGCAGAAGCUUAGUCAAAUAUAAUUCUGUUUUCUUCAUAAUUCAUUUUUUUUUUCCUUUCUUUUUUUGUAUUUGUGCAGAUGAUGCGCUUGCUAGUCUAGAUCAGAAAGAUGUUGGAAAAUGGAGAAAAUACUUCCAACUGAAGAAUAAAUUUUACAUGGCCUGUGUAGGUAUUUAAAAAUGUACAAUUAAUUAAUUUUAGAUUACUUCAUAAUGUGGCUAAAACCAAAUAUUUGUCUUAGUUCAUAUUCUUAUCCUUGAGGAUAUAUUUUUUUUUAUUCCAGGCCCACAGUUAUCAUGGGGAAAACUUACUAAAUCAGGACAAAUGUGGAGAAGCGAUCCGUGGCCUGAGAGAAAGUGUGGACUGUAAGAUAUAUUUUAGAUAAAUAUAUAAAUAUUUUUCUGGCAUUCAGAUUAAGGGGUUCAAAUUUAUUAUUAUUAUUUGAUUUUAUUUAUUUAGACAGAUGUUUCUAAAUAAAUUUGCACAUUAAGUUUAAAAAUUGUUGUUGUUUUUUUUUAAUUUACUACUUCUUCACCAACUUAUUGAUCAAUUAUGUUUUAACAAAUUAUCAAAAAUCGGCACUGAAGCAGAAAUUUGAGCAAUCACACAGUUGGAUUAAUUUUGAUUUUUUUUUUCAAAUGAGACCAUGGAAAAACAGUAAGAAUAUCUAAUUCAUUUUUUCUGAAAUUUGGCUUUGAAAUCAAUACAUCUGUGAAUUCCCUUUGUUUUAACUGGGUUCUUUGCCCUAGAGCAGGGGUCGGGAACCUUUUUGUCUGAGAGAGUCAUGGGCACCACAUAUUUUGAAAAGUAAAUCUCUGAGAGCCAUAUAUUGUGUUUAUAACUAAAAAUUCAAGUAAAGUAUGCGCAUUUUGUGUAAUUUCAACACUAAAAAUGCAAUAAUUAGGUCUCUGAAUUCUUUUUAAUAACAUUGUUAUGUUGUUGCUAAUCAAUAAUGAGUAUUUCUUACCAUUAAUAAUGCAACUUUUUUUUUUAUAAUCAAACAUUUGUCUGCGAGCCAGAUGCAGCCAUCAAUAGAGCCACACCUGGUUCUCGAGCCAUAGGUUCUCGACCCCUGCCCUAGAGCUUGUCCAAGAUUACAUUUUUAUAAAUUAAUAUGAUUCCAGUAUAUGGCAAGGCAGAGCUACUGUGUAAGGACUAUGCUACCGCAAAAGGUGUAGGAACAACAGCCAAACCCCAAAACCAUUUGUUCUUCAGAAAGUUGGGGGCUGUCAUUAAAAGAACUUUGGACAAGUGUGAGAGAGAAAAUGGUCUAAUGUAAGUGUACAUCUAAUGCUUUUCAUUUAUGAUGUAGGAAUCACUCAGUUUUUUUGUUUUUUUUUUAGUUUUUUUUUUUUUUACAUGAUUCUAAGUAUCAAGUCUCUAGCCAACUAAUUGUGAUCAGGUUUUUCUCAACAUUUAUUAUGCACACUAAUUAUACUUGAGUUUCUUUUUCAUUUUUGCUUCACUUUUUUAAAUUUAGUUUAUUGACUUUAACAACAAGUUUGGAUUUUUCCACCCAAAAAAAUUUUGUUAAGUUACCACCAGAAAAUAGCGCCUGAUGCUCCAUUGCUGGAACUGAAAGCCACCUAUGGUUUGGUCAGCCCUGAGGACUACAAACCACCUGCCCUGAGCCAACUUUGGUCCCUUGAUGUUUACAAAAAAUAUGCCACACCAGCGGCUGCUGCCAAGCCUCCUCCAGAAAAGGUAAAGUCUAGUGUGCCAUCAAGAGAAUAGAAGCAUUAUCCCAAGUUUUUGCCUAUCAGUUAGCAAUAUGAAAGAUCUUCCGUGACUUUGUCACUAUCAUGUUAAAAACCCUACUCCAGUUUUAUUUUGAUUAUUUUAUCAAGAAAUCACUUGAGCUAUUUACUGGUAUGUUUCUCAUAGAACUAGAAAUUAGUCCCUGCUUGGGCUUUUAACUGGUUUAAUGGAUAAAUGUAAGACAUUAUUUAAUUUUAACGACUACGAUGUGUCUGGAAAAAAAUGGCAUCUCUUUUGAUAAUGAUGAAAACUAAUUUUAAACUAGGGCUUAACUAGGGGCAGUUUUUUUACCAUGGUUUCAGGGUAUUUAGUGUGGGUCCAAAUGUUUUAAAUAAAAGUUAACUUCUCAUUUUCUAUAACAUAUGCCGGCAAUAGGCCUACAGACAGUCUUACACCCAACCUGCCGGCCUUUAAACAAUAGGCCUACAGACAGUCUUACACCCUAACUGCCAGCCUUUAAACAUUAGGCCUACAGACAGUCUUACACCCAACCUGCCUGCCUUUAAACAACAGGCCUACAGACAGUCUUACACCCCAACUGCCUGCCUUUUAACAAUAGGCCUACAGACAGUCUUACACCCCAACUGCCUGCCUUUAAACAAUAGGCAUUUAGAUAGUUUUAUAGACAGUUCUACACUAUACCCAAGGCUCUUUAUUGAUUAAUAUAAUAGUUGCCUCCGAAAAAAAUUCAACCUUUUUACCUAAGUUCAACCGUCAGGCAUGACAGUCACUGCUUGACAGCUUUUUUUUUUCACUCAGUACUAUUAAUAUAAAACGUGUUGAGUAGAGGAAGGGCCGGUUGUGAAAAGGAAGCAGCUACACCAGAAGCAAAAUAUAUAUAAGAAAUGUAUCAAUUUCUUAAAUUCCAAAACUCAUUUUCAUUCUAACAUAUUGUUAGAUUUAUAUCAGGACUAAAAUGAGUUGGAUUUUUUAAACUGAUGAAUAUUUACUUGUGUUUUUCAUCAUCAUCAAAAGACACAGUGUAUAGUUAGUCUGCACUGUACGGACAUCCAGCAAAUUGUAACCAUAAGAAAUAAUUUCUUCAUUUUUCUCCCCUAAAAUUUGUGUAGCCAAAGGGAAAAGAUGAACAGCCAGCGGCACCGCUACCAUCUGUGAAGGAAAAAGAAGUCCCAAUGUCUGAUAAAGAUCCCAAAAAUAACAGUGGCUGUGUGGUGUCGUAA